AUGACAAUUAUUAAGAAUAUUUGCUGUAUUGGUGCUGGUUAUGUUGGUGGACCUACUUGUGCUGUGAUUGCAUACAAAUGUCCUGACAUUAAGGUGACUAUUGUUGAUGUGAAUCCAACACGUAUUGCAGCCUGGAACUCGAAUAAGCUUCCUAUCUAUGAACCUGGUUUGGACAAAGUGGUAUUUGAACGACGAAACAAGAAUUUAUUUUUCUCUACCAAUGUGGAUGAAGCUAUACAACAAGCCGAUCUUAUUUUUGUAUCUGUCAAUACACCAACCAAGAAAUCGGGUAUAGGAGCUGGUCGUGCAGCUGAUCUCGCAUAUGUGGAAAGUGCUACUCGUAGAAUUGCUCAAGUAGCUAAAUCAUCCAAGAUUGUGGUGGAAAAAUCAACUGUACCUUGUCGUACAGCUCAAAGUAUGCGUACUAUCUUAGAAGCGAAUGCUACCAAAGAAAUUCAUUUUGAUAUUCUAUCGAAUCCUGAAUUCUUGGCGGAAGGAACGGCUAUUCAAGACUUAUUGACUCCAGAUCGUGUAUUGAUUGGUGCAUUACAAACACCUGAAGGAAUGAAGGCUCAACAAGCAUUGGCGGAUAUCUAUAUGCAUUGGGUACCAAAAGAUAAAGUGAUUACUACUAAUUUAUGGUCAUCAGAAUUGUCAAAACUGGCUGCAAAUGCUAUGCUUGCUCAACGUAUUUCAUCAGUAAAUGCCUUAUCUGCUAUUUGUGAAGCUACAGGUGCUGAUGUGGAUGAAGUGGCCUAUGCUUGUGGUCGUGAUAGUCGAUUAGGAUCCAAAUUUCUCAAGGCCUCAGUUGGAUUUGGUGGUUCAUGUUUCCAAAAAGAUAUUUUAAACUUAGUCUACUUAUCUGAAGAACUUAACCUUCCUGAAGUGGCUUCUUAUUGGCAUCAAGUAGUAGUGAUGAAUGAAUAUCAAAAGAAACGAUUUGUACGCAACAUCAUCAGGACAUUAUUCAACACUAUCACCAACAAAAAGAUCGCGGUAUUUGGAUUUGCAUUUAAGAAGGAUACAGGAGAUACACGGGAAUCGGCUGCCAUUACUUUAAUCAAAGAUUUUAUUCAAGAGCAAGCGCAUGUAGCCAUCUAUGAUCCCAAGGUAGAUGAUGAACAAAUCUUGAUGGAUCUUUCUGAUUCUGGUGGUGUGGUGGAUACUCGACCUCAAGUGGAAAAACAUGUACAGAUUUGUCGUAGUGCUUAUGAAGCAGCUCAAGAUGCUGAUUGUGUAGUGAUUGUGACUGAAUGGGACGAAUUCCGAGAUGAUCGAUUGGAUUAUGGAAAGAUAUAUGCUGGGAUGCAUAAACCUGCCUUUUUAUUUGAUGGUCGUUUACUUGUCAAUGAAUCUAAACUUCGUAAAAUGGGAUUCAAGGUCAACAUCAUAGGCAAAACUGAAUUGGCUGGUACAGCAUGAAUUUUUUACUACUAUAGAUACACAUUUGAUUAUUAUUAUUUUUUUAGUAUAGAUUCAUUUUUAUGUACAUGAACUUCUGAGAAUAAAAAUUUUGC